AUGGACGUACUGGAGGAAUUCUACCCAAACGAAAACCACAUCUUCAUCUUCGACAAUGCUUCCACUCAUCAAAAGCGCGCCGACGAUGCACUAUCUGCUCGCAAGAUGUCCAAAAAACCGAGCAAGCCAGAGACGAACUUCAUGGUCGAAAGGACGAAGCGCGAUGGGAACAACAAGAUCGUUUACGACAGUACCACGAAGAAGCCUGUGAAAGAGAAGAUCAAGAUGCAAGAUGCCGAGUUUCGUGGACUACCACAGCCACUGUACUUCCCAUCUGAUCAUCCGACACACCCGGGUCUCUUCAAGGGAAUGGCACAGCUACUUGUCGAACGCGGGCACACGAACGCACCUUCCCUUCGAGCCGAGUGCGCCAAGUUCAAGUGUAAGCCAGGAGCAACGAACUGCUGCUGCCGCCGCCUACUGUACAGCGAGCCUGACUUCGUGAAUGUGGAAUCCUUGCUCGAGACGCGAUGCCGGGAGCGGGGCUUCUCAUGUCUGUUUCUCCCGAAAUUCCAUCCCGAGCUGAACCCGAUCGAGCAAUGCUGGGGAUUCGCCAAGCGUAUCUACAGGAUGUAUCCGAAAUCGUCCACAGAGGCCGAGCUCGAGAUCAACGUGAAGUCUGCCCUUGCCGAGGUCAAGACAGAGCAGAUUCGAAGGUUUGCUAAUCGGUCCAUACGAUUUGGCAAUCUGUAUUUGGAAGGCAACCUCAAUGGGAAGCAAGCUGCUUGGGCGGCGCGGAAGUACGCCGGACAUCGAACCAUUCCAGACAUGGAGAAGCUUCUCGAGGAGGUUGUGCAAAAGAAAAUUUGA